AUGGGUAAGAGCAAGAGCGUGAAGUUUGCAAAAGAUAUGGAGCGGAUGAAAUACAGCGCUCUCGAGGAGGCAGAUGCCGACGAUGAGCUUGACAGUCUCGACGGUAUGGAGCUGGAAGGCCGGGACGGCCACGGACACUCGCCCACUUUUCCCGAUGAGUGGAAUCACGACCGGAUGCUUUGGGAUCAACGGCUACGCCGGGUUCAAAAGAUUGUAUGGGUCGAGGGCGUAAUCAUCGCCAUGCUUUUCGGCUUGGUGGUGUUCCUGGGACUUCAAUUGGUGUGGCCAAAAGAACGUGGUGUUCCACUAGGUGUUGAUCCCAGUGGAUUCGUUCCUCCAGAAAUCGGACAGCCUGUAAAAUGGAUGAAGUACGACGAUGAUACCGAUCCGCACUUUUUCCCGCCCGAUGUAUUCGACAGCAUUGAGAAGGUGCAAGCUGCAGCCAGAGAUUUCAAGAUGCUACAUAACGCUUCGAAUGUGCAGAUCAAUGGCAAAUACACGACGUACAUGGACUUUAACGAUGACAGGCAACCUUUGCCCCCGUAUGUCACAAGAAAAGGGUCCGAAUUAUACAGCAUCAGAGCCUUCCACCAAAUGCACUGCGUUUCUAUCAUCUUCGAAGACAUCGGCUACCGAGUUCUCAACAAGACGUCUAAGUGGGAGCCUGGGCAUGUUAUCCACUGCCUGAACACGGUCCGGUCAGCCGUGACCUGCCUGGCUGACGCAACACCGAUAUCAUACGUGCAUGGAAUGGGAGUUGGACAUACAACGGACGAUCAGAAGUCUCAUUGCCGUGAUUUCUUCGCGCUGAGGGAGUGGGCUCACGAUCCAGUCCGGGCGGUGCAGUGGAAGAACGUGGCACCGGACGACGAGAAGGACCGGUACGAGCAGAUUUGGCCGUAA